CAAAAAGACCAUAUUGUCCUCCAUGAUAUAAGUAUAUCAAUAUGGUACAAUGUUCUGAAUUCUGAUACAAAGGUCGAAUCUUUAAAGUUCCCCUGUAAAAUCAAUCAGUGGGCUAACAAUGGCACCGGCGAAGAAAGGCAAAGCAAACAACGAGUCAACUCGGAAAACUCAGGCGAGUCAGAGUGAACCCAAUCAAUUUCCGUCAUGUCUAAAAUCAAUUCCACCUUCUUCCGUUGCUAUCACAAUCCACGCUAAACCCGGCUCCAAACUCUCCUCCAUCACUGAUGUAGGAGAGGAGGCAGUAGGAGUACAGAUUGAUGCACCUGCUAGAGAUGGUGAAGCCAAUGCCGCUUUACUCGAUUUCAUCAGCUCUGUUAUUGGUGUUAAAAAGAGGCAAUGUUCUAUUGGUUCAGGUUCCAAGUCGAGGGACAAAGUGGUGAUUGUGGAAGAUGUAACUAUAAAAAGUGUGUUUGAUGCUUUGAAUAAAGAUGUGAAAUCCUAGCGAAGGAUCAAAUGGUGAGAUGAACAAUAUGUAUAAGAGAACUUUGUCGAAGUUAGGAGUUGACCUAAAUCUAAUUUUGCUACCAAGCCUCAGCUUUUCUGCAGUUGUUUUUCCAUAAAUCAGCCAUCAGUUACUCGUAUCAACAAGCUGGCAACUCCCAUUACAGUAUUUUGUCAAGGUGCUUUGUAAGGAUUGAAUAUAGGGGCAGAGUGCAGGCUGCAGAGUUCACUUGCAAUAUAUAGGUGCAGAGUGCAGGCUGCUGAGUUGCUCUUGUAAUAUCUUUAUCCGAAAUUCUUUGGAUGAUGUUCUUCAGAGUUUUAAGACCACUGUAUAAUACUUGGUGUUUUUCUUCCCUUGAUUUGGUGUAUAAUUGUGCCUCUAAUGAUGUGAAUAGUGUAGACUUGGGAUUAUACCUUAUUACUAGCUUUUCCAGAUCAUUCUAACUCAUCUUGGAGGCAUUUUUUAAGCUGAUGAUUGUAUUCCAAGUCUUAAUUACAGCUGCUCUAAAGCUUAUUAUACUUCAUUAAUUUUGAUUUGCA